CGGAGGGCCAAACGACGCCAUGUCGCCCCUGCGCCCUUUGCUCCAGCGCGCUCGAGAGCUGCGUGAUCGCACCGCGCCGGCGAAGAGGCCCAACGAGAUCCAUCGUGUUCUGCUCUUCAGCCUGGCUCGGCAAGCCGUGCGAAGGCGGCAAUUUCUGGAGCAGCUGCAACGCUUUCCCGAGCUCCUGUCGCGGGUGGAGUGGGUGAAAGCCAUCGAUGGCGCGUCCUUGGAUCUGGCCGAGGUGCCGGAGGACAUCGUGGAGCCUCAAGGAAUCGAGGACGCCCAAAGAGCUCGGACAAAGGUGCUGGGCUUCGUGCUGACCAAGGGGGCCAUUGGCUUGGCUUGGACUUGGUUUGACACCCUGGAUGCUGUGCUUCGUGAUCAGGACCCGAGCCACGUCUAUUUGAUUUGCGAGGACGAUGCCAGGUUCUGCCCGAACUUCGUGGACGACUUCCACGAGCUCCGCCUUCGUGCCGAGCGACAUGAUCCACUCUGGGAGGUCCUUCAUAUUGGCUACCAUGUGGUGUGGCCCCCUGGGCGCAAGUUGACCUGUGGCCAUGAUCGCUGCAACGCCUCCUGUGCUUUGGGCCGUCCCACCGUGAUCUUCGGCGCCUAUGCAGUGGCACUGCGGCCACUGGGCGCAGCCUUGCUAUAUGAGCGGAUCUUCCCAGUGAGCCUACAGGUGGACAGCGAACUCUCACGAGUGUAUCAGCACUUGGCCAAGAGCUCCGGCCCCCUGGAGGCCCGUGUGCGCUCGCAGCAAAAAGCCCAGGGCCCAGCUGUACGUGUGUUUGCUCCGCGGAGUGUCAGUGAGGCUGAGGUGUCCCGCUUCCCGCGGUGCACUGGGCCGUUGGUGUUGGCACCUCCAAGUCAAGCUGGGUCGACGGACAUCCAGGUGCUCAGCUCAGAAAAUUGGGCGCUGCAGUACGGCGACCGCGCGGUCGCUAAAAAAGAGCGGUGAACAGCACUUCAAUGGAGCCACUGAUGACUCUGAUUGAAGUGACAAAGAAGGGAGUCUGUGGCAAGCUGACAGAGCUCCCACGGAGCCACUUUGGUGGUUUGAUCGCUGACAACUUGUGGGUGAUGGUUUGUGUCGCUAUACUGCCAAUUGGAGAAGAGCAGUCCAAUUUCAGAUCAUUUUUGCAGGUCAACUGAUAACUGCAAAUCGAUAUGCCACAACGCUAAUGCCCUGAAACCACAGGGAGGC